GUUUUGUAAUCAUUUCCAUAAGAAGUACUUCAUAGAAAGAUCAAUGUGGGGUUUUGCUUGUUAGACUCUGGGUGUGGCAUUUAUAUAUGUAUGGCAAUAAGUCAGUCGUGCCUUUUGAUUCAGCAAUUCUUGUUGCCUGUGCGAAUUGUUUGGGGAAAUCCUGCAUCCUCACUGAUAUAUGGCCUCUCACUUUGCCUUUGCCAUAGGUUUUGAUGACAUGGAUAGUGUAUAUGCAUCUCCGGACGAUUUUAAGAGCUUGAAACAGAGGGACAAGGCGAGAGGAAUUCAUCUACUGGAGUGCUUUGUCAACAGAUGUCAUGAAAUCGGGGUACAAUGUGAAGCAUGGAUCAAGAAAGGAGAUCCAAAAGAGGUCAUCUGUCAUGAGGUGAAGCGAGUAAGGCCUGAUUUACUUGUUGUGGGAAGCAGGGGUCUUGGCCCUUUCCAAAGGGUAUUUGUCGACACCAUCAGUGAAUUUUGCGUGAAGCAUGCUGAGUGCCCUGUCAUAACCAUCAAAAGGCCCGCAGAUAAAGCUCCUCAGGAUCCUGUCGACGACUGAUUGAUUUCCAUUUCGUGGAUGACCAAUUUUAUCAUGUUAAUAGAUUGGUCGUUGAUUCUUGGCUGGAGACUUUGGGCCAUGAAUCGAGGAUGU